AUGCCAUCCCUGUCCCAACCAUUUAGAUUAGCGAUUCUCCCAAAGAUAGCUGUAUUGAGUGAUUACAAUGUUCAAUCCAAGUUGUUGCAAGUUGCAGAUGAUUUUACUUUGGACUCCAAUAAGAUUACUAUUGGUGUCUCCGGUUGUGCUGUGUCACAAUAUGUGAUUAAUCCAACUCCAAAUGUUUCCCAAACUGUGCCCAUUCCAUCAACAAACAAUGUCACUGCUUGUAAUGUUGCUCAAUACAAGGAUGCCGACACUGAGGAGUUGUUUGAAAUCUGGGUGUAUAAUUUAGCAGUGAACAAGAAAAAUACUUUACAUGUAGCGAUUAAGACUGUUGAUCCUGAUAAGUUCAGCACCACUCAAAGUGAUGCUUUAGAGACAUACACAGUUAAAUGCGAUGCUAGUGUUGUAGGAAUUAAAAUUAAUAAAGAGGAUAAGACAAUCGUUGUGACUUUGGGAAAUGGCUUCAUUCAAAUUUUCGACUUCAAAUUAAAACUAUUGAACUCUGUUAACACCUCUUAUGAUAACAUUUAUUUUUCAGAACACUUUGUAGAAAAUAAAAAAUCGUUUGCCAUCAUCUUAUCAACAAUAGAAGGGAAUAAGUUAAGUUAUAAAUUAUAUGAACUCUUUGGACAAGACAAGACAUCCAUCAAGGAAUUAUCAUCCACAAUUUUAGAAGACAUACAAUGCAAGGAUUCCAAAAUAUCAUACCAAUUUGGUAAACUUUAUAGACUGUACAAAAAUCAAAUGUUUGUGUAUUCCUUACCACAAUGUCAAUUGGUCGAUACUAUUACAUUGCCUCAGAUUGAUUUAAAGAAAUCUCAAGCCAUCUCGUUCAAACCAGUCUCCAACAACAGAAUUUUAUUGACAGUCGAUAACAAGAUCUUUAUUCUGGAUUUGGUCCACAGAGCUACUUUAGCGGAGCGUGUUCUAGGUCAUGUGAAAAUGUUCCAACUAUUGAAAUCUGUUGUAAUUGAAACAAAUGACGCAUCUAAUAAUCACAAAACGAUUGCAAUUGGUGUCUCAGUGAAGAAUGGUCCAAGCCCAAUUACCGCAUUAGAAAUUAUCAAUGCCAAUGUGGGUACUGGUACUUUAAAAGACUCAUUAGGUAACAGUUUCGAUGUUUCGAAGUCAUUUAAGUCAAAUAUACUACAACCUUUGUUUACAGAUGAUGCCAAUUUAGUGAAAAGGCAUGAUUUCAAAUAUGAAGCUAUUUUAAAAAAAUUAUCAAGCACCGAAAAUGAUAUUAAAAAAUUUGAUGAUAUCUUCUUUGGAGACUUAUAUAUUCAACAAAAUUACUACACAGAUAAUGAAAGAUUUAUCUUUGAUGUAACGUUCUUAUCAGACGUUAUAGAUUUAAUUUUCAAGAACUUCCAAAAGGAAUAUCCAAGUGCUUUGACGUUCUUAUUAACACAUCCUUUAUUCCCUAUCCAUCAAACCAAAAAUCUUUUGCUAAAGCUAAGAGAACAUCCAAGAUUAUUUAAACAAGCAGUCGUUACGUGUCCCAACUUACCAAUAGAUGAACUACUAACCGAAUUAUUCUCUAUAACAAAUGGCGAACUAUCUGUUGACAUAUCUUUAAGGAUUCUUCAAGAUUAUACAAAGGAUUCUAUUAAAUUAGAACUGAAGAACUUAAACAAAAUCGAUAUUCAAAAUUUUAUUGAUUUCGUAAUUGAUCCAAACAAUGAAGAAGAAAAGAAACACAAUGAACAAUUAUUCGUUUUAUUAUCGCUUGUAUUAGAUGCUAGUGGUCUAUUUUCUAUUGAAGGACCAUUGUUGACUCAAUUAUCUGAGUACAUUGAUAAACAAGUGGAAAUGAUCGAAAAAAGCAACAAGCUAUGGCAUUUGAUUGAUGGUACAUUAGGUAAACGUAACAAUCACUAUCAAACUUCGGGUGCAACAGUCCCAGAAAUAAAAGCAUUGACGGCAUAUAGUGUAGAGUACUUAGAAUUAUAA